ACUGUAUAUUAUAAUAAUUAUUGCAUAAUAUAAUUAUAUAACUAUAAUAACGAUUUAUACAAUUUCAUAAGAUAUUUUAAUGAUCGCAAAAGUUGCAUGUACAUAUAUGCAAAGACCUAGUAUAUCCUUGAUCGCUCAACCAUGCGUUAAUAGAGCAAAAAAAAAAAAAAGAAAUAGAAGAAAACGAACGAAAGGGAAAGAAAAAGAAAAAGAAAAGAAAUAAAAGAGAAUUGCAAGAGAGCUUUUACCAAGAGACCUUUCUUCGUGUACGCGUACAUGCAACGAGCGCGAACGUGAGGUUGGGGCGUAGGCGUGGGGAUGGGGGAUGGUGAUGAGGGUGGUAAGAGGUAGGAGGGACGGAAAAAAAAAUAAGCCGAGGCAUUUAAGCCGCGUGGGAUAAAAAACACCGAGCGAUUAGAAGGAACGUCGGAAAACGCUUUACGGGCGAUUUCGAGAUGCAAGGGACGUUGGGAUAAAGGAGAGACGCCGAAAAGCAAGCGUACGAGAACAAAAUCGGGUCUCCCAUUUUUUUCUUUCUUUCUUUCUUUUUUUUUUUUUUCUUACUUUUCCCUUUUUUUUUUUUUUGAUCCCUCCCUUUUGUUUGUUUGCUCGUUCGUUCGUUCGUUUGUUUGUUUGUUUAUUUUGGUUUUUCGUUUUCCUCCUUUGCUUUCCUAUUCUUCCAUUCAUUUUUUUCUUUCUCUCGGCACACCCGAUAGAAGGACCGAUGGAAAGGCCAGACGCCAGACGAGGAUACGAUACUAUCGGCUACGAGAGAGAGAGAGAGAGAGAGAGAGAGAGAGAGGGAGAGAGAGAUUAUUCUCGGUUGUUUUUGAGACCCUUGACAGAUCGCGUUAGAACGAGAACGAAAUAUUGCUCUUUAAACGUUCUGUUAUAUGUAUAUAAUUGUAUGCGUGUAUUUAUGUAUGUAUAUUUGUAUGUACAUACAUAUGUGCGUGUAUGCCGAUUAUUAGCACGUAAAACUCGCGUGCGUCUCGUUAAAUCGAGAGGCCUCGAGAGAAAAAAGAAAAAAAAAAAAAAAAAAGGAAAGAAGAAAAAAUAAAAGCUGAAAGAUUCUUCCACGUGAUAUUGUUGAACGAGACGAGAGUUUAGAAAGAAAAAAAGAAAAAGAGAGGGUGAGGAUAAUUACGUCGAAAUGGUACGAUUUUUCUUCGUCACGUGUCACGGUGUCUGCACCGUUCGAAUCUUUUGACAAGUAUAUCAUAUGUGUGAAUACAUAUAGAUAUAGAUAUACCUAUGUAGAUGAAUAAAAAAUAAUUGACAGCGAUCGUAAAUGAAAUAUGAAAAAUGCUUGUUCCGUUACGGGUUAUGCAAUUCAUUAUACGUAAAUACAUACACACACACCCAUAUAUAUAUAUAUAUAUACAUUCUAAAUAUUCAUAUAAUAUAGAAUAAUGAAUUGCAUAAGACGGAUAGGUCCAAACAUUUAUAAUCACUUAUAUAACUAUCAUUUCCAUACGCAUAUUAUGUGCAUCUUAAUUGCAAUUACAUUAUAUAAUCAAUUUAAUUUAAAACAAUUCAUACCUUACAUAUGUAUAUAUAUAUACAUAUAUUAAUUAUUGUCUGAUAAUGAAAUAAUAAAUGAAUAUAUAUAUAUAUUAAUUUGUACGUUAUAUAUCAAUAUAUACAUAUAUAUACGUAUAUGAAUUAAAUUCGCUAACAAACUAGAAACUAAAAAAGAAAAAAAGAAAAAAAAAAUGAACUGUACCAAUCUAAUUAACUCUAAAUAUUUCAUUGAAAAUAUAAUAUUAUCGGAUAAUAUUAAUUCAUCAAUGUAUACAAAUUUAUAUGCAUUUUACCUCUCGUCGCGCGAAUAAAAGACGAAUACGAAUACGAAUACGAAUACGAAUACAAAUACGUACAGGAAGAGGCAGAGAAGAGAAGAGAAGUAGAAGUAGUAGUAGUAGUAACAGUAGUAGUAGUAGAAGAAGAAGAAGAAGAGAUAGCUCACGAAAAGCAGAAGCGGUAGGGGCUAGAAGGCUUUGCCAGUGGCGUUAUAACCACCCACUGACUAGUUUUGCCCGGCAACUCAAAACGAAUAGCACGUCGUCGUCGUCGUCGACGUAGUCAUCGUCAUAGUCAUCGUCGUCGUCGUCGUCGUCGUCGUCGUCGUUGUAGUCGUCUUCGUGUAGAAGCUUUUCUCGGUGUUGUGUUCAGCAUCGACGAAAACGUCGAAACUUAUCGACCAUAAAGAGAGAAGGAGAGGGAGAGAGAGAGAGAGAGAGAGAGAGAGAGAGAGAGAGAGAGAGAGGGAGAAAAAGAGAAAGAAAGAAAGAUAGAACUCGAGAUAGAGAGGACUCUUGUUCGAGAGAGAUGGAUAGAGAGAAAGAGAGAGAGAGAUAAAGAGAGAACACUCUAUCACCUUCUGGCUUUCAACACUUUUGCAAGCUCACGAAAAUCCUUACGUAUAUGAAUUUUCAUAAAUUUUCUUCGAGAAGCGAACGGAAAAGUUAAAAAAUAUUGUUGAUUGUGAUAUCGAUCAUUUCGUGUAUGUUAAAAUCCAUGAUAAAGGAUUAUGCGAUGUGAUUUAUUCGAUUUAAAUGACGUUUUCUUUUUCUUUCUUUUCUCUUUUUCUCUUUUUUUUUUCUCACUCUUUCUUCUCUCCCGUUCGUUCUAUCUUAUCGGUAGAAUCAAUUUGACUUAAUUAAUACGUUACGUAAGAGAAAUAAUUAAAUGUAAAAGCGACAACGAUUGAACGGACUGAUGAUGAUGAUGAUGAUGAAGAUGAUGAUUCUUAUCAUCGAUAAUCGAUUAUGUUUCGAUAAGAUUAUUAUCUAGUCGUACGAUCGAUAUUUAAUCGAUCAGACAAAGAGUUCGAGACGGAGAAUGGACGGAGGGUCAUGGGCACCAUGCAGAGAAGAGAAAAGGGACGAGGACGAAGGGACGAAAAGGGAAGUCAAAUCGAUAUAAAGAAAUUGCGAAGGGAGAACGAGCAGCUGCGAAGAGAGAUAUGGAGCCUACGGGACGAGUACGAUAAGCUCGAGGAGAUACUAAAAAGACAAAAGAAUCAACCUGAAAGCGACGAAUCCGAGGAUCGCUCAGAGGAGGAUGACGAGGAGGAACUGCAUUCGGAUUAUUCCGACGAGAACGUGCACGAGGAAGAACCCGUGGGAGCCAGUGAUGAUAAAGAUAGGAGAACGCGUUUACGGGAUCGCGAGGAACAAUUAGAGAACGCGGAGAAUCAAAAGAUAUCGACGGAAAAGAUGAACGGUAACAAUAAUAACUUGUUGCACCGUUUGCACGUUGAUUUCGACGAUCUGUCGGUGGUAGACGAGGAAGAGGAAUUGAAAAAGGAUAAGGAUAAAAAGUUUGAUAAUGUCAUUACAACGAACGAAGAAGGAAAUCAAAGGAAAUCGAACGUAAGAUUAUUCGAAACAAUUAGAAAAUUACACGACAAUAUACCAUUUUAUCCGGGUACAUACGAAUCCUGUCAAGGUUAUACAGAACCAAAUUAUUUCCCGGAUUGUCCAUUGUUCGAGUGUCCCAAUACGAUAGUCGAUCAAUCGAUACCUGGUAAUAACGUAUCGACGGUUAUACCUUUUCCCUGUCCAAACCUAUACGCGGAUCCAUUGAUACCCCUUAGCAAUAUGGAUUCACCAUUAUUAAAUCCAAUGAACGAUAAUAAUCAUCUAUCGGAUAUCCACGUUGUACCGCCUAUCGGUUGGCAAAACAAUAUGUUAGUUUCGGAAACGAAGCAAUUGUCAAGUUAUACGAACGUAUUGUCUACCGGUAUAUCGAAUGCGACUAUGGGAAUCUCCGAUUUCGAAAGAACGUCGCAAAUGGGUAAUAAUACUCAAAUUAUCGGUAACAAUACGAAUCUAACGAUAGAUAAAAGUCAUUUCGAUUCUACGGAAAUUCAAGGUAAACAACAAUUUUCUAAAGGAUUGUUCGAGGAUUCGUCGUUGGCCAACGACGUAUGGGAUGACGUUGACGUACGAUCGAUUCAACAAAAUAAUCUGGAAGAUAAUGAAAGAAAAAUAAUCGGCGAUUGUAAUAUCGAGAACGAGGAGAAAGAUUCCGACGAGCCGUACUCGUACGUUGGUACUACUGCGGAAAAGCGAAAACAUUUCUUCGCUCCGUUGGCAACAUUGAAAUCGAAGAAAUUAUUAGACGAGGAUUCACCAAAUAUCACUGGUAAUAAUUACUUUGGUACUGGUAACAGUUCGAGUAGCGGUAAAACAGUAUCCACGGUUAUAUGCGGUGGUAACAAUAAUCAAUUGUUAGGAAACCAUAAGGGUUCCGUUGAUGUUUGCGUGAACGGUGCUGUCUCCUAUGGGAAUAAUUUCGUUCAAACGAACAAGGACGACGUACAGAGAACGUAUCUCAGUACGGAGAAUCUCUCAGUUAUCAAAUCUAUACCGAUCAAUAAUCAAUUGAUCAAAUCUAUGUCUUGUCAGGAUUUAACAAGCGACAAUCAAAAUAUGAUGACAAAGAUCAACAAUAAUAACGAUAUAGGACAGAUGACGAUAAUGACCAAGAGCGACAAUACCUUGGACAAUUUUAACAUCGACAAUUCGACGACUAAGGCAUACAAAUCGCAUUUGAACGUGACGUUAAAGAUACCACGUAAGGAACGUGAUAACGACGUUAAUACACCGGAGAUCCCAAAGUUACCUACCUUGGAUUAUAGAAUUCUAACGAAUCCAUUUCUACGUAAUAUCGAACGAAUCGGUUUCGAGUGUCCCGAACGAGAUUCUCCAUUGACAAAACCACUUUCCGUUCAAGUAAAUGAAAAUAACAUGAAUUACAAUUAUCCAAGUUCGCCGUUGUCGUCGUUACCGCUACCUCCGCCACCGCCUCCUUUGCCACCGCCGCCACUGCCACCGCCAACGAGUUUUGCUCGAGGACUUCGACCUAGCGAAAGAUAUCGUAGAAGGCAGGAUAACAUUGUGACGACCGAUCAAAAUCGUUUGUUGAUUCCUACCGAUCAAUUGAUCUCUAAAAGAAAUCUAUCCCCGUCGACGCAGGACUUUCAAGUUACGUCCUUCGAAAGGCCGAGCCCUCAUACCCUCUUACCAUCGGCUAUGCCGUACGAUUUUGAAACCAUACGUAGAAUAAACGCGACGCGUUAUCUGCAGAAUCAAAAUCAGAAUCUUUAUCAGAACGUACCGUUCGUACCGGCCGGACCGACCGGUCACGUUUGUCACAACAUUAGAAUGUAUUACGAUCAGAUUAAGAACAAGGUACAAGCGCAAACGCAAACCUCAAUCGAUGGUGACUCUCAUAUAGAGGACGAACAGAUUGUUCGAUGUUCGCGUCAGGAUGAUGAUAACGUAAGUCUGCCAAAUACACCGAGUGUGAUUAGACGAAAACGCGCGAUAAAGAAGGAAAAAUUUGUAAUUAAACAAUCGAUAUCGCCGCACGCUCAAAGGAAAUUGAAAAAGCAGAGCAGCGUUACGUCGACGGAAACUACGCCGGAUUCACCUGACAAAUCGGUUAGAUGUCAUAGGCCAAGGAAACUCAGCGUUACCACUACGACGACCUCCGAUGCCCUCGAGGAUAAGAACGAGAGUAGAUCCUCAUCGUCGGGACAAGAUUCACCGAGGAAGGAUCAAAUUAGACGGGUAUCGUCUUAUUUCAAUCCUAAGAAACGACCAUCCGUAACGUCGAUCAAAACAACCAGAAGCGCCAGCUUGGAGACUACUAGCAAGGAAAAAUAUUCCGACGGUUUGAUAACGGCUAAUUCUGAUAAGGAAAUGUUUAAUACCGGAAAUAUCAGGGACAGUCUCGUUAAAUCGAGAAAAGGUAGUACUAGCAGUGGAAGCGUACCCUGGUGUGCCUGUUGGGGUAAUGGUUGCAUUUGAUUUCAAUUUAUUCGAGCUAUCUAUGUACGUUUAUUUUUCCUUAUCGUUCAUUUUCUUUUCGUCGUCGUCGUCGUCGUCGUCGUCGUCGUCGUCGUCGUCGUCGUCGUCGUCGUCGUCAUCGUCGUCGUUGUUGUUGUUUUUGUUUUCGUUUAUGUUGUUGUCGCUGUCAUUAGGAUAAAAUUCGAGAUAUAUCUUAAGGAGAUCAUUGACAUUGUAAUUCCAUUGUUAGAGUUUAAGAAAACGUAUAGGAAGUUUUUGAAUUCGAACGGAGUCAUGAAUACCAUUUUAAAAAUAGUUAGAAAGGGUUUGCCGUUAGACAUAUAUACAAAUGAAAACAUGGAAAAUCAUUCGACAUUCAAAUAUACGAGAGGCAGCUUCGGUUACGACACCGAAAUGGGACCACGAUAAAUUCAACAACGACGAGAGUAAACUAACCUCAACUAACCUCAACUAACCUCAACGUCACUUUACAAAGUAACUUUUCUAAGUAUAGGUUGUAUUCAAUACGCACGUAUAUAUUACGUACGUACGUAUGUACGUACAUAUUUCACCUAACGUGAAAUUGUGAAUGAAGUGUAUCAUAAAAUCAACACCGCACCUGGAUAUUAACCAUAAAACUAAUCUCGAAUCUGUGACUCGUUCGCAUCCGAAGUGAAUCGCAAACGCGUGUGCGUUUCUGUGUGUCUACGUGUGCGUUUGUCGAAACUUGCGAACAAGUAUUACCGUGAAAUUACGAAUGAGAGUUUUGGAAAUAAGGAUCAAAGACCUUUUUGAAGAGUGUGAAAAUGUGAAAAAAAAAGUUUUCAUGAGAUUCUGCUCUUUAUAUUUUACAAUUUACCAUAUAUAAAAUCUAAUAUUAUUUUAUAGCCGUAAAUGAGUAAGUGAUAUACAGUAUGUAUGUAUGUAUGUAUGUAUGUAUGUAUGUAUGUAUGUAUGUAUGUAUGUAUGUAUGUAUGUAUGUAGGUACACGUAUAUAUGUACUGGUACGUCAUAAUGUAGAAUUUAAUAUUUGUUCUCCCUGGAGAAAAAAAAAUAUUCUAUGCAUUUAUGUUACUGAUAAUUUUAAUGAACGUUAUAGAGUAAUCAAAUAGGAUAGAAAAAAAAUUAUUUUUAUGUUAGUAUUAAUAACCUUCUCAUUUUAUACUUUGGGAACAUUUGAUCGUGCAAGUAAAUACGUGUAAAGAUA